AACUGCCCUUUUUCAAAAUGUCCGCCGCUGAUCUGACGCACUUGCAGCUGCCGGAAAGAGGAGGCGCCACGGCCAGCCAGCUGGGAGCUGAUGGGGUGUGAAAAUGCGGAAUCACAGCGCAAUUUCCUACUGCUCGGACUUAGUGCUACUGUUGGUUGGAGGGGUUAAGAAGAGUCGCGGCAACAACGCAACUGGUAUCGCUGCGUCUUAUUUCGUGCAUCUCGCGUAUAUUCUCCUCGGUCCACGUUGUGACUAUAAUGUCAGCAGGCUCGGGUGGUGAUGGAGGCUUGGAGUCCUCGCUGGAGGCGAGUAUAAGCAGCUCUUGUUCGUUUGGUGUGACCCGUGCCAGGAUUUUUAAGAUCAUUGUAAUUGGGGAUUCAAAUGUCGGAAAAACUUGUCUGACUUACCGAUUUUGCACCAGUUGCUUUCCGGAAAGGACAGAAGCUACAAUAGGGGUGGACUUUCGAGAAAGAACUGUGGACAUAGACGGGGAGAGGAUCAAGAUUCAGCUAUGGGACACUGCAGGACAGGAACGUUUCCGUAAGAGUAUGGUGCACCAUUACUACAGGAAUGUGCAUGCUGUAGUCUUUGUCUAUGAUAUCACCAAUAUGGCCAGUUUUCAGAGUUUACCUGCCUGGAUUGAGGAGUGCAAACAGCACCUAAUAUCCAAUGAUGUGCCCCGUAUCUUGGUUGGUAAUAAAUGUGACUUGCUAGCCUGUAUCCAGGUUCCCACGGACAUGGCUCAGAAGUUCGCCGACUCACACAGCAUGCCCAUGUUUGAAACAUCAGCCAAAAGAACAAAUGACCACGUGGAAGCCAUCUUCAUGACGCUUGCUCACAAACUCAAAAGCCACAAGCCACUGAUUUUGAGCCAGCCUCCUGAUAGUACAGUGGAGUUGAAUUCAGGUCCAAAGACUUUGUUUCCAUGUGGCUGCUAGGGUUUAUUAUUUUUAUAAGAUUUAUCACUGAAAUUGAACCACAUUGGAGCUUUUUAGACUGGUCUUCAAGUUGUGGUUAUAAGGAGGGUGCAUGGAUUCUGUGAUAUUUGCUCUAGGCUCUUAAAAUCAUGGGAGUUUUCCUUAUCUGCAUGAUUUCAUUUUUAGCAUUGCCACCUCUUGUAGCAGCCGUGCAGUGGAUUGCUUGCAUUAUACAUCUGAUAACUCAGCACUGUUUAAUAGUUUCCACUUGGACGCAGAUAUGUCCUUUGCUAAAAGGUUUUGCUUACUCAGAGAGCCCAAUUUUAAUAAUUAAAGAAAGGGAAGUAAUUAUG